ACAUCUUACGCUUUCAACCUAAGAGCGCAAUCUUCAUUGGAGGGCACCAUCAUAUCCAAACCAAACGAGGGAAACGUCACAACCAAUCACAUAUUGCAGCAUCUUUGACAACUAAGUGCAGUGUAUAGGGAAAUACCAGAAUAUGGUGGGUGUGUUUAAGUAUUAAUGGACACCACUGUCUUUAAAAACCACUGGAACAAAGAAAAGACAUCACGACGACAUUUUUGCCGAGAGGAAGGAGGACCGGUUGAACAUAAUGCAAGUCUCUUUAUACGUCAGUUUUUUCUUAGCCUUGAUUUUGCAGCUUCUGAACGCAUACGUACUACGAGAUAGGGGAGACGCUCUCAUGCCAGAGGCUGGACUUGCCAGAGAAUAUGAAAAUAUGGCAUGGGGUCCACCACUAAAUGGAUUCCCAACAUAUCGACGGCAGACUUAUCCUUCUUCGACAACUUGGAAACGCCUAAUUGUGCCUUGGAAUAACUUUUAUAGUUCAUUUGAAAGGGAAGUUUCACCGGACGAAAGAGCCGUUUGGAGCCCACCACCAAGGCAGAAUCUACGCAGCGCGACAAUGGGCUUGGACGUUCCAUGGAGAACUCUGUGCAAAAGUCGCGGCUGGUGCAGCAGUGCUUUUUUCCAGCACCAACAGAUUAAGCGUAAACUACAGCUUAGCAGAAAAUGUAACUUUAUUCAAAUGGAGUUAACACGAGAGAACCAUAAGUUGUGCAACA